AUGAUGCUAAUGCCCGCCAUGUUCAGCUUCAGCUAUCCCACUGGCGAGCCGCAGACGCCCACGAGGACGCCGUCGACUGCGGUGCUCGACUCCUUUACCACCCCCAAGCUCGAGUCGAGUUUCUUCGAUCCCCGGGUCACCUGGGAUACCGCCGACCCCUAUGCCUCCAGCCCCGAAUUCCUGCGCUCGCCGCAGAAGCUGGGCCUCCAAACCGAGCAGACCGACACCGCCAGACGCAUUCGCCCUGUGAAACCCCUGGCCCCCGUCAGCGAAGACGAAUAUGAGCCGCGCACAGUCGACUCGGCCAAGUCCGCCGCUUCCAUGCAGACGCCGCCGCCCACCAGUGCCUCGCGGAGGAAAAUCCCAGAUUUCGAGCCCGUCAACGCAGGUGCCGGGAGGGGCACUACCCCACGGCUAGGAGGACAUCUCGAGACCCCCAGCCGCUUGCUGGGGACCUCACCACGGCUAUUUGGCAACCUUCAAGCCUCGCCCGAUCUCUUCGGACUAGCCUCAUUGGAUGCGUCAGGCUCGCCCUUCUUCCCUCAGCAGCGACUCUUCUGGGACCAAGACCAGGAUCAGGACCAGGUCUCGACUGAUAUUCCGCUGCCUAGCACCAAUCCUCCCCACCAGACAGGGAGAUCGGCCGCCCAUCUGCCUCCUUCGUUAAACAAUACGCAUAUCCCUCAAUUGCCUGCUAUCGAUGGGUCAAUGGACGUGCCCGACUUUCAUGGCGGCUUUGGCAUCUCGGCAGCGCCGCCAACGGAUGCGGCAUUGUUCCCUGCGCCCUUUUCGACCUCACCUCGAGUCCCCAUCGCCAAGGCAGAGGAUCCGGCCAUGUUUCUGAGCUCUCCCGCCCGCCGAUUUGGAGGGCCUCGGCUCAGUCCAGAACAAAGACCUCUCCACGGGAUCAGACAGCCGUAUCACCACCAAACCCAAGAAUUCAAGCGUGAGGAGCUGCGACGUGCGCUGGGCCAACCACCGGCUGCGAGGUCAUUCGAGAACCUCUCGGAGGAGGAUGAGGAGUACACACCACGAGGGAGACGACCGGGAUUGGCUCGAAGUGCUACUCAUACAGCCAUCACGAGCUCUGCGGCCCGGCCGCUUAGCCAAGCGGGCAGCAUUCGGGCGUCAACAAGUGGCAUUCGGAAGAGCCCCUCGAAAGGACGGGCGUCUGGCCGGUCUUCUCCAGUCAAAACCAUGCGUCCAGUGCCUCUUAGUCGGUCGAACUCGGUUGCCGCAGGUCUUCCCACUCGCUCACAGUCCGUGGUGCUUCGCAUUGGCUCCGAUGGCCGCGCCAAGGCAGAAAUGAAGCCUGUGGACCAGAACCCGACAGGUUUAACUGAUCCUUUGACCGGCAUGGACCUCGAUGGCUCUGCUACCGAGAGUGAAGCGGAUCCGGCUGAAUAUUCAGAAUAUCCUGUUCUUCCCCGAUCACAAUCAUCUUUUUCUCUUUUCGAGGGCGCGCGGCGGCCUUUGUCGCGAAGUGAUUCCGGCUCCCGGCCUCCCUCAAAAGGAUCAUAUACUUCCACCGUGGUCUCGUCCCAUUCGGGCCGCAUGUCUCCUUGGGCUGGCUCCUCACGGGGAGCGAACGGCCGAACUACCUACCGGGGAUCGCCAGAGGCUGUAAAGCGAACCCCGAAGCGGCACUCUUCGCUGCUGCACUCCGAUGCUACAUAUACUAGAGGCAGUGUUGCCUCGCAGGCUCUACCCGGUGACCCCUAUGAUUCAGAUAGCGGCGAUGCGCAACAUGCUCUCCGUCAAGUGCUCAAGGAGCGCGGACGAGGCACGAGUAGGCCGUCGACUGGCGGGUAUGGAACACGUACAAUGCCGCGAUCCUCACAUACGUUCGCCAACUUGCGUUCAUCGCCCCCACGCCUCCACAGUGAUUUCGAUCUACACACCCGUCAAUCCAACCCUUCUCCGACUACCCUCACGGAUCCCGACCUGGCUACUCCGAGCACCGACCGCCAUAGCAACCCAAGCAACGGGACACGCUGUAUCUGCCGAUCUAUGGACAAUGGCGGCCAUCUCAUGAUUCAAUGUGAAUCAUGUACCCACUGGCUACAUACCAAAUGUGUCGGACUGGAGCGUUCCAACCUGCCGUCGUUCUAUGUCUGUGUCUUCUGCGAUCAAACGCCGUCUCGACAGAACCGGGUCCGAUCAAGCUACGGAGGCGGCCCGCCAUCCCCUCUGGCACACAAGUCGUUUCGAUUCCGGUAG